AUGAUGCAAGCUAGGAGGUUUAAGUAUGACGUCAUGGAAAUGACCGAGACGAGGCGACGCCACCUACUGAAUGCCGUGUAUGACACUGGAAAAGAACUGUUCCUAGGAACAUGCGACAGUAGAGGAGUUGGUGUCCUCGUCAACACGAAUAUUGCAAUAAACAUCAACUCUUUCGAAAAACUUGCAACUCGAAUCGGACGUUCACGGAUGGGAAGAAGUGGUCCAACACCAGCUUUGACUGCCUUUGUCGCUGCCGCUAAACAUCAAGCUACGAAGAAGAAAUCAAAGCUUUCUAUAUGGACCUGGAGAAGUUCUACAGAGAAGAUCAUACCUUCUACAAGAAGCCCUCCUCUCUACCCUGGUCGUGGAAGUUACCCGAUGGAGGGUAUCAUGAUGAAAUUGACCACAUCAUCGUCAGUAAAAGGUCUUGCCUGGGAUGUCGCUGUUGUACCAAAGUUUUAUACGAAAUCGACUAUCGCCUUCUUCUUCGACUGUUAG